AUGCUAUUCUUCACUCUCCUUCACGUCGCAGCGCACUAUGUCAAUUUCUACAAUAUCGAAAAAGACCAGAUCCGCCCCGUACUUGCGAUUGAACUUCAUUACAAGAGUGCCGCUGGUAUCACAGGCCAUGUCAUGUUACUAUGCAUGCUACUCAUUUACACCACCGCUCAUGCGCGAAUUCGACAACAAGCAUUCGAAACCUUUUGGUAUACUCACCAUCUGUUUAUUCCGUUUAUGCUUGCUUUAUACACGCAUGCAACUGGAUGCUUUGUUCGAGAUAGCGUGGAGCCAAUUUCCCCAUUCGCUGGAAAGAAGUUCUGGGGCCAUUGUCUAGGAUAUGAAGGGUGGAGGUGGGAGCUCGUGGCGGCGUUCCUGUACAUAUUUGAGCGAUUGUACCGUGAGAUCAGGUCUCGACAGGGGACUGUGAUCACCAAGGUCAUUCGCCAUCCAUAUGCCGCCAUGGAGAUCCAGUUUCAAAAGCCUAGCAUGAAAUACAAAGCAGGCCAAUGGCUCUUCCUCCAAGUACCCGAUGUUUCAACGACUCAAUGGCAUCCGUUUACCAUUACUUCAUGUCCCUUUGAUCCCUACGUUAGUGUUCAUGUCCGCCAAGUCGGAGAUUUUACUCGAGACCUCGGAGAUGCGCUUGGUUGUGGUCCUGCCCAGGCCAAGGAUCUUGAAGGUCUCGAUCCAAACGGAAUGUAUGAGGUUGCCCUUCAAAAUGGACAAACCAUGCCGAACAUGCGUGUUGAUGGGCCCUAUGGUGCUCCAGCCGAAGAUGUCUUCGAGAACGAAAUUGCUGUCCUUAUCGGAACUGGAAUAGGUGUCACUCCCUGGGCCUCUAUCCUGAAGAACAUCUGGCAUUUACGAUCAGGCCCGAAUCCGCCUCGUCGAUUACGCCGAGUGGAGUUCAUCUGGGUUUGUAAAGAUACAUCGUCCUUUGAAUGGUUCCAGGCUCUUCUCUCAUCCCUGGAGGCCCAAUCUGCAAGCGCUGCUUCAGCCGAUGGUAGUACGGAGUUCUUGCGUAUCCAUACCUAUCUAACGCAGAGGCUGGACGCAGACACUGCCGCAAAUAUUUACUUAAAUUCCGUCGGCCAGGCACUUGAUCCGCUUACUGAAUUGCGAAGCCGGACAAAUUUCGGUCGCCCGGAUUUCAAACGCUUGUUCACUGCUAUGCGCCAUGGAUUGCUUGAUCAGACUUACAUGUCAGGUUUGCAGACUUCGUCUAGUACGGAGAUUGGUGUGUACUUUUGCGGGCCUAAUACUGCGGCCAGGCAAAUUGAUGAUGCUGCCAAGGCUGCAUCGACGAAAGAUAUUCGUUUCAAGUUCUGGAAGGAACACUUCUAG